UUACUCACUCUUUAAGUACAAAAAUAUAACACAUUAAAACAACAACAAAAACCUACAAUAACACUUUAAUUUAAGUACUUUAAUUUGCUACUAUUAUGGGAACCCUUUACCAAGCUCCUCCACACUUACCUCAACACCUUAAAGUCACCAUCCAAGAUUCAUGUUUAAUUUAUUCACCCCAAGAAAAUGAACAAAAAACUAUGUUUUUAUCCAACAUUGAUCAAGUCCUUAACUUUGAUGUUCAAACCAUACAUUUCUUUAAUCCAAACCCUGAAUUCCCUCCAAAAAUUGUGUUUGAAAAGCUUAAGAACGCGUUACAAAAGUUGUUAGUCCCAUAUUAUUUCUUACCGGGAAGGGUUAAGGUUAACACCGAGACCGGUCGAAUUGAGAUUGAUUGCAAGAAUGCUGGGAUUGGGUUUGUGGUAGCUAGUUGUGAGUAUACUUUGGAUGAACUUGGUGAUUUGGUUUACCCUAAUCCUGCUUUUGAGGAACUUUUAACCAAAGAGCUUGAUGCUACCUUGGGAGCUGAUGGUCACCCUCUUUGUAUUGUUCAGAUGACGGCUUUUAAAUGUGGUGGGUUUGCAAUGGGUCUCCAAACCAACCAUGCAAUAUUUGAUGGUACAAGCAUCAAAUACUUGUUACAAAAUCUAGCAGCCUUAGCAGACGACAAGCCUUUACCAAUUGUCCCAUGCAAUGAACGUGAGUUGCUCGCCGCUCGUGAUCCGCCACGUGUCACGUUCCCACAUCCCGAACUCCUUAAGCUUAAGAUCCCAAUUGGCCAAGAGGGUGAGGGUGAGCAAAACCCUACUAUCUUCGAUACCACUCCUCAAGACUUAGACUUUAAAAUAUUUAGCCUUUCCGAAAAGGACAUUUUUUACCUUAAGGCCAAGGCGAAGGCAGGGCCCACUAACGGAAAAGGUAAAAUAACGGGAUUCAACGUUAUUUCAGCUCUAGUUUGGAGAUGCAAGGCCUUAUCUAAUAGUGAAAAUGAUGAAAACAACUUAUUAGAAAGGUCAUCAACCAUGCUAUUUGCUGUUGAUAUUAGGGCAAAGCUAAACCCUCCUCUACCAACCUCAUUCGCCGGUAAUGCAGUAUUAACCGCGUAUGCAAUGGCUGAUUGCAAGAGAUUAGAGGAAGCUCCACUCUCGGAGCUAGUGGACUUGGUGACAGAAGGAGCAACAAGGAUGAAUGAUGAGUAUGCGCGAUCAGCCAUAGAUUGGGGUGAGUUAUACAAAGGGUUUCCUAAUGGAGAGUUCUUGAUGUCUUCAUGGUGGAGACUAGGGUUUAAUCAAGUGGAGUAUCCUUGGGGAAAACCAAAGUAUUGUUGCCCUUUGGUGUAUCAUAGGAAGGACAUCAUAUUGUUGUUUCCUGAUAUUAAUGAAUCCAAUGCUGGGGUCAAUGUUUUGGUUGCUCUUCCACAUAAAGAGAUGGCCAAAUUUGAAUCUCUUUUCUACAAGUUCCUAUCUUCUUAGUUUGUUAGUUGUAUUAGUAUAAAAUAGUACCUAUUUGCAUUGUAAGUAUGGUAUGAAAAGAUGUCCUACCGAGCAUGUACUGUAAUGGUGUAUGAUAAGUGUAAUUUUUAAGGUUUUCAUGACUAUUAGGAUUUGCUAAAAUGUUAAAUUUAGUGUGAUUGUAUCCAUGUAUUAAUUAUUACUUGGCACUAUGUAUUUCAUGAUGAUAUUAGAGUGUUUUCCUUUAUUA